CAUGGUACCGGCAUCCCUUGGAUACAAUGGCAAUCAGAAGAGAGGGAGCUGUUUCUAUCCUUUUCAGAGGAAAGAGUCGUGUUGCUGCUAGCUCUUGUGUAAUCUUCAUAUGAAUUAGGAAAAGACAGCUCCUUGGAAUAGUCACAGAUCUUAGCAGCAUGACACAGUAGCCUGGUGCAAAUAGAAUAAAUGUCUUCCUUCUGGAGAGCACAUGUGGGCAGGUGUAUAACUUAAGCUUAGUGACUGCAUUUCACAUUGGACCUUAGUCUCCAUGUGUGCCCUCGGGCACAGAGCAGCCUACACAACUGUGCAUAAUUGCACACUGUCCCCAUCAGAGCUUCCUAGAAGCUCAUGGGCAUUUCUCCAAAUAGGGCAUUGAAAGGAAGUCCAGGAAAGAAACACAGUGCGAGGCUGAGUGGCAGAGUAGUCAGUGGUGGGCUAGCUAAGAGGCAUCAGUGUUAAGUGGCAGUCCGAGGGAAACACGGAGCAGGGAUCCACACAGAGGCAAGCAGGGGCCAGUGCAGAAGAUAAGAAUGGAAACAAGCAGAAGUGUGGAGUGAAGCUUGACGUAUUUAUGGGUGAUCUCAAUCAUGAGAAAGGAGAGUGGCCAUCUCUUCUAUUGUCUGCCCACACCCAAAGAAACCAUAUUGUGUGGCAGUCAUAAUCAGCCAUCUGACUUGGGAAUUCUGCCACACUGAACAAUCCAGAAUUCAAUGCACAAGCCUUGCCCCGGGAAAACCGCCUAACGUGAUCAUGGAGUCUUGAAGGAUGGCUAGGAAUUGGUCACACAAAGGCUUUUCAGAGAAAGGCCUUCAGCUCAACCAGAAGGCGCUCACCACCUUCCCGGAUGUGGUGCUCGUGCGGGUGCCCACGCCCUCCGUGCAGUCGGACAGCGACAUCACAGUCCUGAGGCACCUGGAGAAGCUGGGCUGCCGCCUGGUCAACCGCCCACAGAGCAUUUUAAACUGCAUCAACAAAUUCUGGACAUUCCAAGAGCUGGCUGGACACGGAGUCCCCAUGCCAGACACCUUCUCCUAUGGUGGGCAUGAAGACUUUUCAAAAAUGAUUGAUGAAGCCGAGCCCCUGGGCUACCCAGUGGUGGUGAAGAGCACCCGAGGACACCGGGGAAAAGCUGUUUUUCUUGCAAGAGAUAAACAUCACCUCUCAGACAUCUGCCAUCUGAUCCGCCACGAUGUGCCCUAUCUGUUCCAGAAGUAUGUGAAGGAAUCCCACGGGAAGGACAUCCGGGUGGUGGUGGUAGGGGGCCAGGUGAUUGGCUCCAUGCUCCGCUGUUCCACCGACGGGCGGAUGCAGAGCAACUGCUCUCUGGGCGGUGUGGGUGUCAUGUGCCCCCUGACAGAACAAGGCAAGCAGCUGGCUGUUCAGGUGUCCAACAUCCUGGGCAUGGACUUUUGUGGCAUCGAUCUCCUCAUCAUGGAUGAUGGCUCCUUUGUGGUGUGUGAGGCAAAUGCCAAUGUCGGUUUCCUGGCCUUCGACCAGGCAUGCAACUUAGAUGUGGGUGGGAUCAUUGCAGACUACACCAUGUCCUUGUUGCCAAGUCGGCAGACUGGGAAGAUGGCCCUCCUCCCAGGAUUGUCUAGUCCCAGGGAGAAGAAAGAGCCAGACGGCUGCGCUUCAGCUCAGGGAGUCGCUGAGAGUGUCUAUACCAUCAACAAUGGGUCUACCUCUAGUGAGAGUGAGCUUGAACUGGGAGAGAUCCGGGAUUCCUCGGCAGGCACCAGGGGCGCCCCAACCCCCAUGUUGCCAGAACCCGGCUACAACAUUAACAAUAGGAUAGCUUCAGAAUUAAAACUUAAGUGAAUUCCUGCUUUCUGGCAGCAUUUAAACCAAAUCCUACUGCUUCCCUAGUAGUUUUGAAUGAAUAAAAUCUGGACUAAUGUGAUCUCAUUUGCACAGAAACUAGAAAUCCCAUCUGGGCACUCCACAGUCUUUCUAACGAUGAUUUAAGCAAAUGGCUUCGCUUUGUGAAUUUUACAAAGACUAUGAUAAAAACACUCACCAAGAACA